AUGAAGGAAUUCCAAGAUGCCUUGCUUGACUUGGAAUUUCUUGAUCAUCUUUUUUAUGGCCUUACUUUCACCUGGAGUAACAAACAACAAGAAUCAUAUCUAGCAAAAAACCUUGAUAGGGUUUUAGUUAAUCCUCUUUGGUUUACUGCUUUUCCUAAGUCCCAUGUGGAAUUUCUUGCUCCUGGAAUUUCUAACCACUGUUUAGCAAUUGCUUGGCUUUCUAAAGAGGUUCAUACUGAUCAUCCUAAGCCAUUCAAGUUUUUGUACUUCUGGGCCAAUCACUCCGAAUUCCUAAACAUUGUUAGUCAAUCCUGGCAAUCUUCUUCCCAAGGAAAUCCUAUGCAACAGUUGUUCUUCAAGCUUAAACGCCUUAAAAACAGUUUGAAAGCCCUUAAUCAGAAUCAGUAUAGCAACAUUUCUGCUCGUGUCAACCAAAAGAAAAUGGAACUUCAGGAACAACAGAUUAGAUCUUUAAAUUUUGCAGAUUCUUUCCAUAAAGAAUUACAACUGCAAAAUGAGCUUCACCUCCUUGAAGAAGCCGAGAACAUGUUUUUAAGACAGAAAGCGAAGGUUCAAUGGAUUAAUCAUGGUGAUAAAUGUACUAAAUUUUUUCACUCUGUGGUUGCUACUAGAUCCAAGAGAGAUACUAUUCAUAAAGCAUGGCCUAUUAUUGGAGAUGAUGUGGUGGCAGUAAUUUCUCACUUCUUUAGAAAUCCUUAUAGGCAGCCUAUUGCUUUUAAUGCCACUUGCAUUACUUUGGUGCCUAAAAUUCCAAAUCCAAGCAAGGUGACAGAUUUUCGGCCUAUUUCUUGUUGUUCGGUGGUCUAUAAAACUGUUUCUAAAAUCUUGGUCAAGCUAUUGACUCCUCUACUUCCUGAAAUUAUUUCUUUUAAUCAAUCGGCUUUUGUUAAGGGGAGGAACUUAGUUGACAACAUUCUCCUUGUACAGGAGCUUGUCAAAGGCUAUGGAAGGAAGACUUUAUCCCCAGGAUGUUCUCUCAAAAUUGAUCUAAAUAAAGCUUUCGAUUCUUUGUAUUGGGAUUUUAUUUCUGAUACUCUCAUUGCUAUUGCUCUUCCUACCACUUACAUUAAGUGGGUUGAAGCUUGUUUCACUACUGCUCAUUACUCUAUAUCUUUUAAUGGAAGUCUUAUUGGGUUCUUCAAAGGUGCUCGAGGAUUAAGAUACUUGGGUAUUCCACUUGUCUCUAGGAAACUUUCGGAGAAAGAUUGUGUAGCACUAAUUGAAAAUAUUAGAGCAACUAAUCCUCCACAAUCUGUUCUUAACCGAAUUGAGCAAUUAUGUUCAAGGUUUUUCUGGAAAGGUUCUGACAUUGCUGCUACAGGUGCAAGAAUUAGAUGGGAUAAGCUUUGCCUCCCUAAAUCCGAAGGGGGUCUUGGUCUAAAAGACAUAAAAUCUUGGAAUAAAUCUUGUAUACUGCACUUGAUUAAGAAAAUCCUUGCGGGGGAUGGUUCUUUAUGGAUUGCUUGGAUUAAAACUUAUGUUAUCAAGAAUUCUGAUUUUUGGACCAUGGAGGCUAGGAUCAAUACAAGCUGGAGCUUCAGAAAACUGCUAAGUAUGAGGAAUUAA